AUGAGCGCCAACUUCCAGAAGCUCCAGGCACUUCACCGUGCCUGCCUGGACAAAGCAAAGUCCAGGAUGGCGGCGGUGGACAAGGCGGAGGUGGACCUCGCGGGGCGCGUCACCAAGACGCAGUUAUUUGAAUCACGACGCGCGGGCCAGACGGGAUGUUCCCGAACUCCCGAAAACGCAAAACAAAGAAACCUGACCGGUCCCAUCCAGCCCCUUCAACCGGCCCACUCCCCACCCCACGAACUUCCCAACCACCACCACCUCUCGCUCUCGCACCACGUCUGGGCUCUGCCCCAUCCUCCCGCCGCCGCCGCCGACCUGGCUCCGGCGCACCUCCUCCCGCCGCCGCCCUGGCUCCAGAGCACCUCCUGCCGCCGUCCCCUCGGCCCAAGCGCGCCACCCGUCGCCGCCCAUCCCACUCCUCGGCCCGAGGCGCCUCCCACCGCCGCCCCCGUCCCCGACGCACCUAAUACCGCCGGCCCGCUCGCCCCAACGCCCCACCCGCUGCUGGCCACCGGAGCCGCCGCCCCCAUUCGCGUGCUGCGCCAUGGCGACGCGCGCCCGUCCCUCCCUUUGCCCUGCUGCCAAAUCCACAACGCGCACCUCCGCGACCCUCUCCCGGAUCCACCGGUACAGGUAACGCCGCCACAUUCUCCGGCCUGGCCCGGCGCUCCACGCCUCUGCCCCAACUCCCUGCUCGCAACGGCGCGAUUCAUCACAUACUAUCGGAUUUCAUCGGAGGAGGUCCCCUGCUGCACCUCCGCCUCCUGGGCCCGCUGGCGGAACUCCUGUGUUACUCCUCACGGCUGCACUACUCUCUCUCACUCUCCUGUCUCUCUCUUUCUGAUAGAGGCGAUUUCAUCGGAACAAAUUCAUGUACAUGCUUGAUUGCAAGUAUUUUUUUCCUAGAUGCGAACAAGAACCCAUGGCUUGAUGUUUCUUAUUUGUAAUAUUGCGUAAUCACAUGUUUGAUUCUAUGCAAAAAAGAAAGAAUAUCUGUAAGUUCAAACACGCCAAUUGCAGAAGUUCGAAAUUCCUAUCCAAUAAGAACAAAAAAGUAUGCUCUCUAAAGCU